CCGAUCCUGGCCGGCGGCCGCCGUCCCUCCGGAUUACGGUUCGCCCGUCCCUUCUCGUUGACCUGGAUUAACCGGCGGACCGCAGCAUGCCCAAGGCUUUCCUGGUGCGCAAGUCCCGGAGCCACUGGAGGCCCGCGACUUCUGCGACUUCUGCGGCUUCCGAGGCUGUCACCCCGCCGCCCAGCCCAGAACAGGCGCCGCAGAGUCUCGUGGUGCAGCGGUGUCCACCGGCUUCCUUCCAGGGAAAUCUUAUCAUCGACUUGGGCUCCCCAGCGUCAAGCGUUGAUCAACGAGUCAGCCCGGUGACCAGUCAGCGAGGCAGCCCACCCGUCUCCCCUCCCACGCCACCGUCCUCGAGCGAGGGCGACAAGGGCUUUCGGCAGAGCUCCGAUGAACCCUACCUAUCCUCCGAGGACUCAUCAUCCGAGGUCUCGUCCACCUCCGUCCUCACGGCAGUCUACCGAUAUAUGGUCUCAAGACCCGAGCGAUCCCACGAGCCACCGCCACCGGCGCUAUGUCCGCGUCGGGUACCGGUCAUCCAGUCGCCGAUAUCCCGAUUCCCGACGAGGCUGCCGGCGCCCCUCGACGUUCCCCUGGACGCCCGAACGACCAUUCCAUCGCCCGAACCCUUGUCCCGAACUGUUCCGGAGCCUUCGCCGAGGCCGCAUGACCUCGUGGUCAGGUCCGAAGACAAGAUGUCCGAUGACGACGGUGAAGGUCCGGCGCCACUGCCCAUGCGGCUCAGUCUUCUUCAACAGAGGCUGGGCAUCGCAGAGAAUUCGCCGCUGGAGUUCGUCAAUGGCGGCCAUGGCAUCAAGAACCCGCUGCUGCAGAAGAGUCGGCGGAGCCAGUCUCUGGAACUGCAUGACUCCGAGAGCAAUCAGAGCGUGGCUUCGAUGGAACCCGCGAGUCCUCAGCGACCAGCUCCGCCCCUGCCGCCGGUCCAACUGCAACCCCAGUCACCGCCACCCCAAUCCCAGGCACAACAGGACAGGUUGUCCUGUAAGGUGUGCGGCAAGUGCUUCGGUCUUCAAAGGCUCCUGAACCGACAUAUGAAGUGUCACAGCGACGUGAAACGCUACUUGUGCACCUUCUGUGGGAAAGGCUUCAACGACACCUUUGACCUUAAGCGGCACACUCGCACGCAUACAGGUGUGCGGCCCUACAAAUGCGUGAUGUGUGACAAGUCGUUCACACAGCGCUGCUCCUUGGAGUCGCACACGCUCAAGGUUCACGGCAUCCAGCACCAGUACGCGUACAAGGAGCGCCGUGCCAAGGUCUACGUCUGCGAAGAGUGCGGCCACACGACCAACGAGCCAGAAGUGCACUACAUGCACCUCCAGGACCGUCAUCCGUACAGUCCAGCCCUGCUCAAGUUCUACGACAAGAGGCACUUCAAGUUCAACGAAGGAAGCUUCCCAGUCGGCCUGCUACGCGUGCAUUCCUGAACACAAAAACCUUCCGGGACGUCGUGCAUGCCACGCCGCUCUUUGUCUGUGAUACCCCCCUUCCCGAAACGUCUUCCACUUGUACAUAAGGGUCCCUCGGGUGGCCGCCUCGUUAACUUAUGUUUCUCGCAUUCCUCACGUUCACGCUUAGACGGCCGCCACGUGUCCGGCCUCGCUCUCGAGCCUCCGAAAGAUGCUCCGCAAGAACGCCCUCUCCGGAUUUUCCUCACAACCCGCACCUUGGUCUGACCGAUCCCACUGAGUACAAAAUGGGACCAUCGCAGCAACUCUUUUAAGUCGCAGCAUCUCCUUUAAGUACAAAAAUGAAACGGAAUCGCGGUGUGGUGUCGAGGGCCCUUGCGGAGUGACGGAAGUAAGGUGCGCAGCCCGUGGCUUUGAUCUCUUCUUUGUUUUCAUCCCCUUGCAGUCACAGGGAGGACCAUCGUUGAUUCUCAUGUCUGCCUUACACGUUCAAUAAAUGCUGCAAGGUUUCCUUCAUACCA